AUGCUCGCUACACCUGCCAUGCUCGCUACACCUGCCAUGCUCGCUACACCUCCCAUGCUCGCUACACCUCCCAUGCUCGCUACACCUGCCAUGCUCGCUACACCUGCCAUGCUCGCUACACCUGCCAUGCUCGCUACACCUGCCAUGCUCGCUACACCUCCCAUGCUCGCUACACCUCCCAUGCUCGCUACACCUGCCAUGCUCGCUACACCUGCCAUGCUCGCUACACCUGCCAUGCUCGCUACACCUCCCAUGCUCGCUACACCUGCCAUGCUCGCUACACCUCCCAUGCUCGCUACACCUGCCAUGCUCGCUACACCUCCCAUGCUCGCUACACCUGCCAUGCUCGCUACACCUCCCAUGCUCGCUACACCUGCCAUGCCCGCUACACCUCCCAUGCUCGCUACACCUGCCAUGCUCGCUACACCUCCCAUGCUCGCUACACCUCCCGUGCUCGCUACACCUGCCAUGCUCGCUACACCUCCCAUGCUCGCUACACCUCCCAUGCUCGCUACACCUCCCAUGCUCGCUACACCUCCCAUGCUCGCUACACCUGCCAUGCUCGCUACACCUCCCAUGCUCGCUACACCUGCCAUGCUCGCUACACCUCCCAUGCUCGCUACACCUCCCAUGCUCGCUACACCUGCCAUGCUCGCUACACCUGCCAUGCUCGCUACACCUCCCAUGCUCGCUACACCUGCCAUGCAUGCCGCACUGCAGGGCAUGCUCCCCCUCAAACGCCUUCUCUUCUCUCCACCUCUCUCCUCUCCCCUCCAUCGUCCUGCUCCUUCUCUCCCCCCUCUUCCUGCCGACCCUUCUCCUACCCCCCAAUCCCACCCUCCGCUCAUUCAUGUUAACAGCGAGAGUGAGGAGCUGGCAUCACUAGCGUGUGUGAGGGGGGUGAGGUGGGGGGAGAGGGUGGGUGUGGGGCCGGGCGUCACAGCCACUGCAGCUGCAUCGGGAGGUCCUCUUGGCUCUGCCUACUGGUCGCUCCUUCACUCCGCCCACUCGCCCUCCCACCCCACCCACCCCUCCCACCCCUUCCAAACCUCCCACUCGCAUACCUCUCUCCCUGCCUCAUACCCGUCCUCUCAAGAACCCCCCUCAUCCCUCUCACAUCCCUCUACCGGCGCCUCUGCCGCUCCCCUCGCCUCUAGCUCCGUCCCUUCAGCCUCUCCCCCUCCCAUCUGCUGCCACCUUGCCCUCCUCUUCCCGCCGCUGCCCUACGCCACUGUCGCUGCUCCACCGCAGCUGGAGCCAAUAAGAGCUUGCCACGUGGCAGCUCUGUGUGGGCCCACGUCAAUCAGCUCUGCUGACAGCCACACACGGACAGCAGACAGCAGGGAGGGGAGGAAGCCAAGGGUGGGCGAUGCAGAUGAGAGGAAGGGGCAUGGGGGCAAGAGGGCGGGGGGUGGGGGAAGCAGGGACGACGAGGCAGGAAUGCAGGGCGGAUGGAAGGGCAGAGUUGGCAGGAUGGGGAGUGAGCCGCUGUGUGAGUCGCGUGGGUAUGUGAGUGAUAUGGCUGGGAGGCAUGGGACGGGAAGAGCUGAAGCAGCGUGCAGCGAUAGACGGGAUAGUGCGAGGGAGGGGAGAGGAGGGGCGAGUGCAGGGAAUGAGGUGGAUGGUGCGGGGUGCAGUGCGGUGUGUGAGGGCAUUGAAGGCGUUGUGCGGGUGAUUGCAGGGCGGGUGGCGCAGGGAGGGCGAGUGGUGGUGCCGUGCUCCCCGCUGGGCCCCUCCCUGGACCUCUUGCUCGCCCUGCUCGAGCCCUCCCAAUCAUCACCACCUCCGCCGCUGCCAUCAGCAGCAGCAGCGGCACCACCCGCAGUGGGCGUGGGCGUGGGCGUGGGAGUGGGAGUGCCGGUGGUGUACCUGUCCCCAGUGGCCAAGCAGGCGCUCUCCCUCGCAUGCAUCCUGCCGGAGUGGAUGCACCCCCGUGUGCAUGAUAGAGUGGGUCUCUUCUCAGGUGAGCCCAUCCACGCCAUCAGCAGUGCGCUCCUCUCCCACCCCUCCACCAACCACAACACCAAACCACUUUCCUCCCCUGCUCACGCACGUGCUGGCGUCAGCACGGGUGUGCGCAUGGUGGAGCUGCCAGGAGCCGUGGUGUUCCUGCCGCCAGCCUGCCCGCCCACCAUGCUGCACAGCGAGGAGCGGUGGGACAAGGUAGCCCGUGGGAGGCCCAAAGCACCGAGGAGGCCACAGGGCUGUCCGUGGAACCACGACUUGUGGAACCUUCUCCAGGGCCCGUGCAUUGUGUUUGCCGCCCACUCCUCACUGCGUGUGGGCCCGGCAGUGGAUCUGAUUCACCUGUGGGGCGGCGAUAGCCGUGCUCUUCUGCUGCUGCUGGAGACUCAUCCGGAGGACGUGCCAAUCACCAUCUCGCCCUUUCAGCCGCUCGCCAUGCGCGUUGCCACGUGCUGCCUGCUACCCUCGCACAGCGCUGCUGCCGCGGCCCACAAGCCUCAGGGUGCCGCAGCAGCAGGGCGCACACCCGUCGCAUCAACUGGGGCAGGCAAGGUGGUGCGUGCAGGGCACGGGGGAGACGUGGAGGAUGGGGAGGGAGCAGCGGGGGAUGGCAGAGGAAGCGUCGUGGGGGGCGGAUCAGGCAGCGUGGGGGGUCUCCUCUGCAGCAUGCCGCAGCUGCAGCACGUCAUGGUGAGCCCUGUGCCGCUCUGUACUGGGUUCUUCUGCCAUGGGCCUCUGCUGCAUGCUGGGUGGGAGCUCCCUCUUUACCUGCUCGUGACUUCUUCUUCCACUCCCCCCUUUGCCCCUCUCCUUCCUCUCUGCCCCUCGCCUUCCUCUCUGCCCCUCUCCUUCCUCUGCGUCUGCCCUUCGCUUUCCUCUCCGCCCCUCGCCCCCACAGGUUCCAGAGACCCUCCAAGCGCACCUGGCUGCAAGUCUCCCUGCAUGCAUCGCUCUGCAGCCUCUCAGCACCACCAACUGCCACCAUCCAUAUUGAUCCCCAUUCUCCCAUCACGCCCAAUGUCAUGCGCUCAUCCAUCUGUGAGCACACUGCCAUCCAUCUGUGAGCACACUGCCAUCCAUCUGUGA